AUGCGGAUCCGGGGGCGGCCACUGUCCCUCGGCUGCGCAGCAGGGUCCAAGCGGCCAGUAUUUACCAAGUGCCUCGGCUGGGAGCGGCCGGGCGGGCACGCGCUGACGGCCUCUCGCGUCCCAGCCCGUCAGCUGAUGAACAGCGGCAAGAACUUCUCAAGGGUGGAGGUGGGGCUGAGCUGGUCCGAGGCCCUGCGGUACUGCCGGCCGCACCACACGGACCUGGCCGAUCUGCAGAGCAUGAACAGCGUGCGCGGCAUGAGCACCCUUUACUCGCUCACCAGCAGCACCCAGGCGUGGAUCGGCCUCGUCUUCGACGUGCGCAUCCAGGGCCUGAGCUGGUCCAGAGGCUCCACCUUCACGGCCCCGGUGUGGAGCUCGCUGCCCGUCUUCAAGGAGGGGGUCUGUGCCACCCUGUAUUCCAUCUCCAUUUUCCCCAGCCUGGGGGCCGCCUCGUGCACGGCACAGAAGCCCUUCAUCUGCUACUACGACCCUGCUGUGGGUCACCGCAUCUUCACGGAGCCUGCUCUCAGUCCGACCACCUUUCCAAAGCUAGCCGUGGUCCAGGUGGGCCGACAGACCUUCCUGCGACUUGCGCAGGAGGUGACGUGGCAGGCGACCCGGAGGUACUGCCACAAGCACCACACGGACCUGGCCGACCUGCAGCUGAUGACUGACGAGGCGGGCGAGGAGGCCUUGAAGUCCAUCACCAGCGAGACCGAGGCCUGGGUUGGCCUCUACUUCAACGCGGCCUCCGGGGCCCUGAGCUGGUCGAGCGGCCUGGGCUCCAGCAUCCCGCCCUGGCUUCAGGUGCCCGAGUUGGGGACAGGACUGUGCGCGGGGCUCCGCACCUACGCGCGCUUCUCCCCCAGAGUGUAUUUGCUGGUCUGCUCUGCCCUGAAACCCUUCAUCUGCUUCUCCGCUGUGGCCACUGAAGGAACUGGCAGCGAGAGGAGAGACACGGCCACGGCCGCUCAGGCCCAGCGUCUGAGCGCAUCUAAACACCCAGCGUCUAAAGAAACCACCACGGCACCUGCACCAGGGCAACUCUUUGGAAUCCUGAAAGCAGAUUUUACCAUCCCAGCUGUGAUGGACCCAGAAGAUAUGAAAGACCAAUUUUUGAGUGAGAUCCAAGAAGUCUUAGAGCUUACAUUAGGUCAUGAGCAAUUCAGAUUGAAAUGGGUUGGCUUCAAAGUAAACAAAAAAGAGCCCACGUCAACUGAUCUGGAGUCUCCUUCUCAUACAAUUUUCUCCGGAUUUUGA